CUCGGGUGUUUUUCCUGAUAUGGCUAGAAAUAUUUAUUUUCCUUGUAUUUUAUUUUUAUAUAUGUCAUAUAGUGGACACGCGUGUGAAACACACCAUAUUUUUACAAAAGGAGUAUUCUGUACUUUAGUUAUGAUGGACACCGAAUCUGAUUCCCUUUUGCUGUACCAACCUUUUGCUUUCCGAACAAGUUCAUGUUAUUAGCUUCCAUGUUUAUGUUUGAUCAUGAAACUUGACCAUCACAAGUAAUAAGAGACAGCAUACAGCUUCCCAGUUUUGCAGAUUGUUGUUUUCUCAUCUCCUACACCGUUUAGGCAAACCUAAAAAUUGAGAAGAACUGCUUUAAGCCUCUCAAACAGUGAAGAGUUGUGAUCAGCAAGAUAAAUGGAAGACAUACAUAACGAGUCCUUGGAUUACACGCCAACAUGGAUUGUUGCUAUUAUCUGCUCCAUCAUUGUGUUCAUCUCUCUUUGCGUGGAGCGUGCUCUUCAUAAGCUUGGACUGUUCUUGAGGAGAAAAGGUCAAGAUGCACUAGAUGCAGCCUUGCAAAAACUGAAAGACGAGCUGAUGCUUUUAGGGUUCAUUUCCCUUCUAUUAACUGUGUUCCAAGGUGUGAUAAGCCAGAUUUGCAUUUCACCUCACCUCGUAACCCUCAUGCUUCCAUGCAAGAGGCAUAGUGAGUCUAAGGAAGGUGCAGAGCACUACGACACUAUCAUCAACAAAAGACGCCUUCUUUCUACGACGUAUGGUUCAGGGCAUUGCAGAAAAGAUCAGGGGAAGGUUCCGUUGUUGUCAUUAGAAUCACUUCAUCAUCUGCACAUCUUCAUCUUUGUGUUGGCCGUUGUACAUGCCAUAUCCUGCGUCAUUACACUGCUUCUUGGAGGCGCAAGGAUUCGUCAAUGGAAGACCUGGGAAGAUAAGAUUAAGGCGGAAAAGGAAACUCAAGACCGUCAUCACCAUGAAUUCUUCAAGAAGCAUGCUGAUGGAUUUUGGAGAAGGGCAGCUGUUGUAGGUUGGCUGAUAGCAUUCUGCAAGCAAUUUUAUGGCUCUGUUACUGAAUCUGAUUACAUCGCUAUGAGGCAUGCAUUUAUCAAGGAACACUGGCCAAACGAACGAGAAUUUGAUUUUCACAAGUACAUGAUGAAGACACUUGAAAUUGAAUUCAGACAAAUAGUGGGCAUAAGCUGGUAUCUCUGGCUCUUUGUUGUUCUCUUUUUGUUGCUCAACAUUGCAGGGUGGCACACUUACUUCUGGUUAGCUUUUCUACCGCUUAUACUUCUGCUACUUGUGGGGGCUAAGUUAGAACACAUAAUUGCCCGCUUGGCUCAAGAGUCAGAUCAGAAGAGGGAAGAGGAACAGCAACAUCAUCAAGAGAAAGAAGCAACAACAAAGCAAGUGAAGCCUUCUGAUAAAUUCUUUUGGUUCAAUAGCCCACGCCUUGUCCUUGACUUAAUUCACUUCAUCUUGUUCCAAAACGCUUUUGAGAUAGCAUUCUUCUUCUGGAUUUGGUUCAUUUAUGGAUUUUAUUCCUGCAUUAUGGAGAAAAUAGCUUACGUCAUCCCAAGACUUAUAAUGGGUGUAAUUGUCCAAGUGCUUUGCAGUUACAGCACCUUUCCUCUUUAUGCAAUUGUAACUCAGAUGGGUUCAAGGUUCAAGCGGGGAAUGUUCAAAGAGCAUCUUGAGGAUGUUCUCAUAGAAUGGCGGCGGCGUGAACGGAGCAAAGAUGGUGAGCCCGCUGCUUCUUCUGCUACAAACAUCGCCGUAUAAGAAUCAGAUGCAUCUACUCAUAGAUUGCAGCAAAAGAUUCUCAUUUUAUGCGAAAACAAGCUUGUAAUAUAAAUUAUCAGGUUAAACUGUAUUUUUACCUCUGAAUAUUUGUUCGGGAAGCAAUUUUUUUACUGUAUUGAUAAGUAAAAUAAUUUUAUUUUUAAAUUAAUUUUUUAAAAAGUAAAAAACUCUUUUAGAGUAGGCCUAGCAUUCCUUAAAAAAUAAGUCAAGAAUAAAAUUAUUCACUUAUCAGUAAAAAAUAAAAUUGCUCCUCAAUAAAAA